AUGUUGCCAGGAUCUCCAGAUGCUGACCUGAUUUUUAACAGCAUGUGGUUUUUCUCCUCUAUCCCCUGCCCCUUUGACUUCAGUGGAAACGUGAACCUGGCGGUGCUGACCCUGUGCUGCAGGUGCCCGGCGCUGCUGCUGGAGUCUCCACGCUGGCUGCUGGCCACCUGGCAGCUGGAGAAGGCCAGGAAGACCCUGCAGGCACUGGCUGAAAGUAGUGGCCCCGGCUCCCACGAUGGCUCCUGCCACCAGGAAAGCCUCCUUGCAGAGCUGGAGUCCCUGGCUGAAGGGUCCCUGCAGCCCCAGUACCACACUGUCUGUGAGAUCUAUGGCACCAGGGUCAUCUGGAAGAACGGAGUCAUCCUUGGCUUUGCAGCGUUCAUCGGCUCUGGCAUCCGCCACUGCUUCACCCGCAACCUGUCCCCACACCUGCCCAGCUUCUUCUCCUCCUACUUGGUGCUGGUGAGCACCGAGGCAGCUGCCUGCCUCUUCGUCUGCCUGACGGCCGAGCGCUUCGGGCGCCGCGCCAUCCUCCUGCUCUGCACCAUCCUCACCGGCAUCUCCUCCCUCCUGCUGCUGGCCCUCACCCAGUACCUGCUGGACCUCAUUGUCCUGACCCUGUCUGUGGUGGGUGUCACUGCCUCCCAUGCUGUCACCAUGCUCAGCAUCUUCUUUGCCAGCGAGGUCCUUCCCACUGUGGUCAGGGGCGCUGGGCUGGGCCUCGUGGUGGGGGCCAGCUUCGUGGGCAAGUCCUCAGGGUCUCCCUGCUGCUGGUCGGGGGGCUGA